UGUGAGCGAUGACGUCAAUGUGCGGAAGUAAACACACCGCAGCGCUUCAUGUUCAUGAAAUGUAUAAGAUCCUCUGAUCAUGUAUUAAAUAAUAUAUGACUAUUAAUAAUAUAAAGUUAACAGUCCGGGGUUGAAUCGUACGCUUCAAUGGCUCAGAUCAGGGCAGCAGAAGAAAGCGCUGUGCUGUAAAUAUCACUGAUUAUUGAUUAUUGAUGUGGGUUCGGGAUGGCUGCGGGUUUCGCUCCGCCGAAGCUCAGAGACUUUAUUCUCACAGAGAAACUGGGAAGCGGCACAUACGCCACAGUUUAUAAAGCGUUCAGAAAGACUGACAGCAGGGAAGCGGUGGCUGUGAAGGUGGUCAGUAAGAAAAGUCUCAAUAAAACCUCAAUGGAAAAUCUUCUGACUGAGAUUGAGAUCCUGAAGACGGUCCGUCAUCCUCAUAUAGUGCAGCUCAAAGACUUCCAGUGGGACAGUGAUAACAUCUAUCUGAUUCUGGAAUGGUGUUCGGGAGGAGAUUUGUCCAGUUUUAUCCGUAGUCGACGGAUUCUUCCGGAAAGAGUCGCGCGCCGUUGCCUACAGCAGAUUGCUUGUGCUCUUCAGUUUCUCCAUGAGAAGAACAUCUCUCAUCUGGACCUCAAACCUCAGAACAUUCUCCUGAGUGGAAACGUAUUAAAGCUCGCAGACUUUGGUUUUGCGCAGUACAUGAGCCCGUGGGACGAGCAGCACGCGCUCAGAGGCUCUCCGCUCUACAUGGCUCCAGAGAUGGUGUGUCGCCGGCACUACGACGCUCGCGUGGAUCUGUGGUCCGUCGGGGUCAUUCUGUACGAAGCUUUAUUUGGACGAGCUCCGUUUGCCUCUCGCUCCUUCGCUGAACUGGAAGAGAAGAUCCGCAGUGAGAAACCCGUCGAGCUGCCGUGCGGAGCCAGAGUUUCCCGAGACUGUCGAGAUCUCCUGCUCCGGCUGCUGGAGAGAGACCCGGACACACGCAUCUCCUUCCACGAGUUCUUCCUUCACGCGUUCGUGGAUCUGGAGCACAUGCCGAGCGCCGAGAGCCUGGCGAAGGCCAAAGCGCUGGUGACGCAGGCGGUGCAGAAGGACCAGGACGGGCAGCGGGCGGCAGCGCUGUCUCUCUACUGCAGUGCACUCGAACACUUCGUUCCCGCCAUUCACUACGAACCCGACCGACUGAGGAGGGAAGCACUGAGACAGAAGGUGAAUCAGUACGUGUCUCGAGCCGAGGAGCUCAAAGCUCUGGUCAGGUCCGACAAUAAAAUCAGUUUUGAGGCGGCAAAAUCAACCAGGAACAUAUUAAUAGAGCUGUGCCGAGAUCAGCCGCGCGUGCGGAGCGCUCUGGAGGCGGCGUCCAGCGCUGUGUCCCGGGAGGAGAGCGGAGCCGAGGACUACGACACUCUUGAUUUAUACCAGCAGAGUUUGGGCGAACUACUCUUGGCACUGGCAGCUGAAGCCCAGGGCCGGCGCAGAGAACUGCUCCACAGCGAGGUGAGAGGAUCAGUGUUUACCAGUGUUUAUUCUGGACCCCAUACGGCUCUCAUCAGCUCGAGACCAGCGCUCGCACGCGUCAUACACAUCGAGAAGAGCGCAUUUAGGCCACGCCCACACGCCUUUAGGACAUCUGUGGUCAGAUCAUCUAGUCAGGACCUCAUCUGUGACACUUCGACUUCCAUCAAAAGGCAGAUCUUCAUUACAGGCCGUUCCAGCUGA